CCCAGCCCCGGGCCGUGCGCUGCCCCCCGGGAUCACCUCCCGGGGGCACCGGAGCUCUUCCACGGCUGGACCAGAGUGUGUAUCCGAACGCACUGCCGGCAGCGUGGCGCCUUCUGCUGGGUUAUAGCCUCACUCUAGAAUGGUGAGGGGUUUUUAGGGAAGGGGAGUGGUUUGGAUUUUGCAGUCAGAAUAUUAAUGCUGUUACCUCCUGGUUAAACACCGAAGUCCUUCUUGCGAUCAGAACUCACAAAACGGCCAAUAGCUUGUCUGGAACACGUGCGGAUGUUAGGGGAUGCCUGCAGGCAGAGUUGGCAGCAGCCGUCGAGGAAUUCUUGUAGUGCACGAUAAGGCAGAUUGGGUAACACCUGCAGCUGUGCUUUAAGGUGCUCCAGCAACAAACAUCAGACUCACAUGCUCCGGAAAUUCAAGCUCCCAGAUAAAACAAUUUGACUCCGCCGUGAAUUAUUUGGUAGGUGAUUUGGGCUAAAGAAUCCCUUUUUCACUACCUCAGUAGCAUUUAGGUAUCUUCUGUAGCUAGUGUCUGCUGUUUCAUGGAGCAUUUGUUCAGGUGAUUGAAACUGUUGGAGAAACUACAUACAAAUAUGCAAAUUUAUAUGCGUCUAAUAUGACACUUGUAUAAAUUAGGAUAUAACAAGUAGCUGAUCCGUGUUAUCUCUGGUUUAGCUGAGCUUUGUAAAUAGGACCUUUUGGGCAUAUCUCUUCUAUAAUAUUUGGUGGAUUCUUCUGAAAAUGCUGGAAUUUUUUUUAUUAUUAAUUUUUGCAAAUUUACUAUUGAAGAAACUUAGCAAGUUACACUGAUCAUUAAUGGAUACCUUAAUGAACCCUCUAUUAGAUACAACCCUUCAAAACACUGUUGUUUCUGUGUUUGUACUGCCUACCUUCUUAGGCUGAAGCUUAGUAAAGUAAAAACUGUUAAAAAAGUGAAAGUGUUAAAAAAAAUUUAAAAAGAGAAAUUUUCAGAAGGAUAGUUUGGGUUAAAAGAAGUAAUGAAGUCCUGACACAUUGAUACCAGUGAAGUUUUAACACAGAAUCACUUCAAGAUCAUUGAGUCCAACCCAUGCCCUAACACCUUAACUAAACCAUGGCAUCAUUUAUUACAGGAUUUCCUAGCCUUUUCCCUGAGUAAACGGCACUGAUCAAACUGCAGUUGACCUUUUUUUUUCCCAGUGUAGUGGGUUGGUGCUGGCUGGACACCAGUACCCAGCAAAGUCAGUCUGCCACUCUCCUCCUCAGGUGGGCAGGGGACAGAGGAUAUAAUAGAAGCUCAUGGAUUGAGGCACCUCCUUUAAUACUCAUAAGUAAAAUGGCAAAAACAACUGAUCCUUCUGAGAAACUGAUUAUCCACUCCAAAGCUCACAAAGAUACCAUUCUUGCUAAUUUUGAGGAACAAAGAAAAAAGGAUUUUCUUUGUGACAUUACUCUAAUAGUGGAGAAUGUGCAAUUCAGAGCUCAUAAAGCUUUGCUGGCUGCCAGCAGUGAAUACUUCUCAAUGAUGUUUGUAAAUGAGGGUGAAAUAGGGCAAUCAAUUUACAUGUUGGAGGGGAUGGUUGCAGACACCUUUGGAGUUCUGCUAGAAUUUAUCUACACUGGUUGCCUCUGUGCCAGUGAGAAAAGCACAGAACAAAUCCUGGCUACUGCACAACUUCUGAAAGUGACUGACUUGGUGUGGGCCUGUACAGACUACCUGGAAAGCCGCAGCCCUGGUAGUACAUUGCCAGCUCCAGCUGAAAGUGGAGCCUCUUUUGUUGGAAGUGACAGGAAAAAAGAUGAUCCACCAAAGCGAAAACGGGGGCGACCAAGGAAAAUCAAGGUUGUCCAAGAAGAAGAAGAAGAAGAAGAAUUGGGAGCAAAUUCCACUGAAGAUGGGCAGCUGAGAGAGAACAACUCCGUGCAAAAUGAGCAAAAUUUUAUGAAAAAAGACACUGAAGUAGAAGAAACAGUUGCCAGUGAACAGGCUUCAGUGAGAAAAGAUCUCCAAAAAGAUCUCUUUUCUCCAAAAGAAACUGAACCUGCUUGUGGAUCAGAGACUGCUGUUGAUCUGUCAGCUGAGAAAGAUGAAAACUACGAUCCUAAAUCUGAAGGAAUACAGAGCACUCAGAGCCGUUACAGCAAACGUAGAAUAAUGAGAUCAAUCAAACUAAAAGAUUAUAAACUUCUUGGGGAUGAGGAUGAGAAAGGACUGGCAAAGAGAAGCGAUGGAAAAAGAAAACGUGCAGGUUCUGAAGCUCGCUGUAAAGACUGUGGCAAAGUAUUUAAGUAUAAUCACUUCUUGGCUAUUCACCAGCGAAGCCAUACAGGGGAGCGCCCUUUUAAGUGCAAUGAGUGUGGCAAAGGCUUUUCCCAGAAGCAUUCUCUUCAAGUCCAUGAGCGGAUGCACACUGGGGAAAGGCCAUACACGUGCACCAUUUGCAGUAAGGCUCUGACAACAAAGCAUUCUCUUCUGGAGCACAUGAGCCUACAUUCAGGGCAGAAAGCUUUUACCUGUGAUCAGUGUGGGAAAUACUUCAGCCAAAAGAGACAGCUCAAGAGCCAUUAUCGACUACACACAGGCCGUUCACUGCCGGAAUGUAACCAGUGUCGUCGCAAAUUCAUGGAUGCAGCUCAGCUAAAGAAACAUCUAAGAACACAUACAGGUGAGAAGCCAUUCACUUGUGAGAUUUGUGGCAAGUCAUUUACAGCUAAAAGUUCACUUCAGACUCACAUUAGAAUUCACAGAGGAGAAAAGCCAUAUUCUUGUGAUAUAUGUGGAAAAUCCUUCUCUGAUUCCAGUGCUAAGAGAAGACACUGUAUCUUACACACAGGCAAAAAGCCUUUUGCCUGCCCAGAAUGUAGUUUGCAGUUUGCUCGUCUGGACAAUCUGAAGUCGCAUCUGAAAAUUCACAGCAAGGAAAAGCAGUUUCAGGAAGUCAGCACUGCCCCAAGCACCAACGCUCAUCCGGAAGAAGUGAGAAACAUUCUCCAGCUGCAGCAGUACCAACUUGCCACCUCGGGAGGGCAGGAAAUUCAGCUGCUGGUUACAGAUGCAGUACACAACAUCAACUUCAUGCCCAGCCACAAUCAAGGCAUCAGUAUUGUGACUGCAGAAAAUGCCCCCAGCAUGACAACAGAGCAGGCCGCGAACCUCGCGCUCCUUGCACAGCCUCCACAACAGCUGCAAAACUUGUUACUUUCAGCUCAGCAGGAGCAAGCAGAACAAAUCCAAAGUAUCAAUGUGAUUGCAAACCAAAUAGAGGCUGCCCAGUCUGAACAAAUGCAUGUCAUAACUCUUUCAAAGGAAGCGCUAGAACAUCUCCAUGCUCAUCAAGGACAAAAUGAACAAAUCCACUUGACGGGAUCUUCACAUCCAGCUCAGCACAUGCAGCUGGCUCAGGAAUCAAGCCAGCAGUCUCAUUCUAGCCACAAUACAGUUCCUUCCCAUCAAGUCAAUGAAGAACAGAAUCAAAGUGUACUUGUUUCUGAAUCCCAUCAGCAGCCUCUGUCAGUAAAUGAGUCAUCUCAUGAGCAUCCUAUCCAAGGACAGGCUUUCUGAAAUGCUUGUUUGUCAGCAGAGGGCUAGGACAGAGAAUGCUUCUCAUCUAGGCAGGAAUUACAUGUGUCACACUUUUUUGUUUUUUUGCAAGAUAAGCUAUCCAAAGAUGCAUUUCUUGGUGAUUUUGGAUGAGUGACAGUUUUUGUAACCACAUUUAUUUUUGACUAUUUUGUUUUUCUGGACUGGUAUUUCUUUACCACUUAGUCCAUACCUCAGAAGCAAUUAAUGUGGGGUUUUGUGCCUCAUACACAUCUCUGCCUCCUGAGGAGAUAUUUAGCCCUUAUUUGCAUUUCUGUGUGACUCUCAUCUUGCUGGUAGGAGAACAAUGUUUAGGACAUCUGCUGGUCACAAAGUACCGCUUCUCUGACAAACUUAACAUUAUACCUGAGCUGCUGUCAAGCUUAAGACAACCAGUACUUUUUGCAAAGCUAACACCAUAUGUCUUACGUUUAAUGAGCUUUCUCUCUGCAGGUUAAUGUAUAGUUCUCUAUAUAAUCAUUCCCUGAAGUGCAUUAUGAGUUUCUGACUACCAAAUUAAUUUGGUUUGGGUUGAAACCGUUGCAGCCUUUAACCAGCCCUGAAUCUUCCCUCCUGUUUACUGUGUGCUGUACACAUUUUGCUCCUCAGAAAGGUUUAAGCCGUUGCACUUGAAUAGUGGCAAUGAGAUGUGAUGGUUACACUGGAGAACUGAAACCCCCAAAUUCUGCUCUGUUAGUUCUACCACUCGCUCUCUAUGUGACUGUGGGCAAAGUAGUUGACCUCUGUGCCUUAUUUCAUCAUCUAGUAAGUGGGGAUAGUGUUCACACACCUCUGCCAAGCACUUUGAAGAGCUCUUGAUGUUAAAGGCACUGUCUACUGAAGUGCAAAACUCUCUUCCUGAAAGGAUUCUGUCUAAGCUUAGGAGCCACUGUAUAUUUAAAGUGUUAUUUUUUGUACUUUUGAGAGAAGAACCUAAUCUUACUUUAAUAUAUGUUAAGACUGGUAAUUGUUUAUGUGAGGAUUCAAUGAAGAGCAUCACUUCAGAGCAUAACAAGUUACGUAAAUGGGGCACAUCACUUAAAGUUGUACAACUAUUUUUGUUGACUAAAUUAGAUGUGUACAGAUUGUUUUCAGUGACUGACUGCUAACAAAAAAAAAAGAUUUGACAUUGUAAUAAAAUGCCUUGCCAAAAGCAUUGCUUUCUGUUUUCAGAUUUGACUACUGGUAACACCUUUGCAUGGUUGGACUGGUGCUUCAAAAUCCAGAUAAAAUGCCACUGUUAGUUAAAAGAACAUGCUCAAUUGUCACUUCAGCUUUAAAAUGUCAUACUUGUGAUUUACAUUGAUAUUUUAUGUUAUAACAAAUGAAUAAUUCUAAAAAACAUGGUGAAUUUAAAAGCAAAACUAUACACAUUUUUUAUAAAAUCCCUUGUUCCAAAUCCAGACUACUUGGCCAGCUCCCGAUUGCAUGCUGCAGAAGUUUAGCUAAGAUGUCUUCAAAGUACUGGAUCAUUUUUAUAUAAAUGAAUCUUGAUAAGGGUAGACAUCAUAAAGAGGAUAAAAUCAUAAUGGGAAGAAAUCAAUGGAAAAAAGCCCCAAAUCCAAAAAGCAACAAGCCAUCCCACAGCAAAGGUGUUUAGGCUUUUCACCUUUCCUCUCAGAAUGGAGAAAUAAAAUCCACGUACUUUCUGCCACCAAAGUGAACCAGCAUAUUUUGCAGUUCUGCCUGAGAAGCUUGAAGUCUUGGUGUUGUAAGAACAGAUAAAUACAAUAAAGUCUGUUACAACACUUAUGACAAUCUUGCUGAUUAAUUGUAUAAGCUUAAAGUAAAUAUUUUGGCAAUUUCAUCCUAAAACAACUGCUUUUAUCUAAAACAUUGUGCAGUGCAGCCAGAAUACUGUCUGGUCAUAAGUUUACAGGAACUUUCACAGAAUUAACGGCCGUAUGUGUUUAUAAAUCCUGAAAUGCUUAAAAACAGGUUACAAGCUAAAUUCUGAGGCUACCAGUAAAGGAAGUGUUCAAUA